AUGAAGCUUAAAGACUUGCAACUCAACUGCGCGCUGACAGAGAAACACUCGCUGUAUUACAUUUACACGGCUUUGUCCAAACCUGUCAAUCAGCCGGGCAUCUAUCAGUUCAGUGCUAUGGGUCUGCUAGAUGACAGACAGAUCGACUCUUACAAUAGUGAGGAACAGAGGAAGAUUCCCAAACAGCAGUGGAUGAAAGAGAAAAUGCAGGAGGAUUACUGGGAAAAAUUCAGAGAAUAUGCAGACGAGGAGCUCAGAAACGGCACUCCUCCAGAUGUUCAUGUGUUUGCAAAAAGGUCUAUUAGUGACAAAUCCAAGCUGAAACUCACCUGUCUGGCCACCGGCUUCUACCCCAAAGACAUAUUCUUGACCAUCAGGAAAGAUCUCACAUCUCUACCUGAAGAUGAGGUUGAAUCCACAGGAAUCAGACCAAACCAUGAUGAAUCCGUCCAGCUGAGGAAGAGUGUGGAGAUCAAUGAGGAUGAAAAAGCAGAAUAUGAUUGUUUUGUGUCCCACAGAACCCUCAAAGAACCAGUUAUCGUCAAAUGGGGACAUCAGGAGAAAACUACUGAAUCAUUGACUGCAGCUUAUACUGAAGAACCUGUGCUUGAGAAAGGGUCUGCUGCAGGACGAGAGAAUGCUGGCGAAGCACCAGACAGCUGUGCCACUUUGUUCAUAUUUUCUCUCUCUCUCAUAUGUUUCAAUAUGCGAACAAGAGUCACAACGAAGAUCUUUGCUCUGCUGUGUGUUUUUCUUCUUUAUGGGACUUUGCCUUCACUGCGAGCAGAGAAACACUCGCUGUAUUACAUUUACACGGCUUUGUCCAAACCUGUCAAUCAGCCGGGCAUCUAUCAGUUCAGUGCUAUGGGUCUGCUAGAUGACAGACAGAUCGACUCUUACAAUAGUGAGGAACAGAGGAAGAUUCCCAAACAGCAGUGGAUGAAAGAGAAAAUGCAGGAGGAUUACUGGGAAAAAGGCACCCUGUCCAGAAAGAGCAAAGAACAGUGGUUUAAUGUGAAUGUUGAUAUUCUGAUGAAACGCAUGAGACACAAUGAAUCAGAUCUUCAUGUUCUUCAGUGGAGACACGGUUGUGAAGUUGAACGGGAGAGAGAUGAAGUGAAGUUUUCCAAAGGCAUUAGUGAGUACGGCUAUGAUGGAGAAAACCUUCUGUAUUUUGAUAUUGAAGAGUCUCAGUGGGUCGCCGCAGUUGACGCAGCUGUACCAACCAAGAGAAAAUGGGACAAUGUGCCGAUCCUAAACCAAUACACCAAAGGCUACCUGGAGAAAGAGUGUGUGGACUGGCUCAACAAAUUCAGAGAAUAUGGAAACGAGCAUCUCAGAAACACCUCUCCUCCAGAUGUUCAUGUGUUUGCAAAAAGGUCUAUCAGAGACAAAACCAAGCUGAAACUCACCUGUCUGGUCAGUGGCUUCUACCCCAAAGACAUGACACUGGUUAUGAGGAAAUAUUGCACAUCUCUGCCUGAAGAUGAGAUUGAAUCCACAGGAAUCAGACCAAACCAUGAUGAAACCCUCCAGCUGAGGAAGAGUGUGGAGAUCAAUGAAAAUGAAAAAUCGGAAUAUGAUUGUUUUGUGUCCCACAGAACCUUCAAAGAACCAGUUAUCGCCCAAUGGGAUUCUGUGACGGCAUGAUUGGGGUUAUGGCUGUUUCACACUGGAAGCGUAUGUGAGUGGAAGCAGUGGAAAUUGGAUUAGCAUGCUUUUUAAGCUCUACUUUAAAUCAUUUUAACAUGCUUUUGAGUUGUUUGUUUGUUAGUUUGUUUUACACAAGCUACAUUUACAUGCACCGAAAUAAUCAAUAAUCAUAAAUAAUAAUGUUACUCAUGUAGCUCCAUUAAUGCGAUGGCUUUCUGAAUAGAUGCACUGUGCAUGCAUGACUUUUUGAUCAGAAAAAAUAUAUUGCACAUGUAAACAAAUAUGUGAAAUUGAUUGCAAAGCUUAAGGCUCAUAUAAGCAGAACUUUCAGAAUCUGAAACGGGAUUGUAUUUCUUCUGAUUGUCAAAGAUUAGUGCAUGUAAAUAUACUGACAGUAUUAGUCAUGCUCAUUUUUAAUGUCAUUCCAUGUUAAUUUUGAUCACAAAAAAUCACUGUUACUUUAAAAGGAUCAUGAACUGCAUUUUUUUUAUC